UGUGCGCAGGACCGGAAUGACAAAACAAACACGUGUGCCGUGCGAUCAUGUCGGGUCAUCUUAUGUAUCAGGAUCGUGGAUCUAUGUUCGGGACAGCGAUCAUGGAUAACAGCGGCCCAAAUCCAUGGGUUUAUUAAAGCCCACAUCCCGCCCAGAAAUGUAUUAUUCUCCGGGAAAAUGAAAAUUAAUUAAAUUAAUAACAUUCGUGGACAGGUUCCGCUAAAGGCAGCCCCACAGUAUUUAAGGAGGUUUAGCAAUGAAGAAAAGGAGACGACCUGGACGAGUGGCCCGGAAAAGGAGGAGAAAGUGUGGUAUGAGAGUGCAGUCAGUUUCGCUGUGUCACCAGGCCUCAUAUGUGCGGCUCAUUAGGUUCCUUAAACAAAGGGGUUUUGCAUCAACCAUUCUGCUACCAGCGCAAUUCACAGAUACAGGCAGAGGACUGCAGACUCUCAAAACAGUAAAGCCUGGCCAGCUGCUUAUAUCUUUGCCCCAAGCAUGUCUCCUGACAACGACUACUGUUCUCAACAGCUAUUUGGGGCCUCUGAUAAAAGGGUGGAUGCCCCACCCCUCCCCUCUCCUGGUGCUAUGUGUGUUCCUGGUGUUGGAGCGGCAUAGAGUUCCACUCUCUGAGUGGUAUCCAUAUAUUGAUGUGCUGCCCACAACUUACACCUGCCCUGUCUACUUUGCUGAUGAUGUUAUUGCACUUUUACCAAAGGUUGUUCAGAGACAUGCUUUAGAGCAGAGAGCAUCUGUACAAGAACUACACUCUUCAAAUCAAGACUUUUUCCGGUGGCUGCAGCCUCUUGUGAUUGAGCCAGUGGAGGAGGUGUUUACAUAUGAAGCUUUGAGGUGGGCCUGGUGUACUGUCAACACUCGCUCAGUGUUCAUGGCUCACUCACCCAGCCAGUUCCUCUCUGGGCAGGAUGUAUGCGCUCUAGCACCCUUUCUUGACCUGCUCAACCAUCGCCCUGAUGUUCAGGUCUCAGCUAAUUUCAACAGUGACACAAGAUGUUAUGAAAUCCAUAGUGUUUCUGGCAUUGACCGGUAUCAACAGGCCUUCAUCAACUAUGGCAGCCAUGAUAACCAGCGCCUCCUGGUGGAGUAUGGUUUUGUAGCAACUAAUAACCCCCACAGCGUUGUGUAUUUGGACAAGGACAUUCUAUGUAAAGUUUUACAAGGAGACAGCAAUUUGCAACAAAAGAUUAAAUUCCUCAGUCAAAACGAACUUCUUAGUAACCUAACACUCUCCAGUGAAGGUCCAGGAUGGAGGCUCCAGACUGUGGUUCGAGUUCUGUCUCUACCGCAAACACAGUUUGGUCUUUGGAAGGCUGUGCUGCUUGGACAGAGACUUUGUGAGGAGAAGGAAAGGUGGUGCACCCAAACCAUUCGAACUCUGUGUGUCCAUAGACUGCAGGACACUGACACAGCUCUGGAAAAGAUCUCCAAGCUGCAGCAGCAAUGUGACGCAUCUGUGACUGAACAAUUGGAUGUUGUCAUGGCUUUACGGCAAGAGGAGAGGAUAAUUCUGGGAAAGUGUCUUGAAAUACUUACUGAUUCAUGACCUUUUUUUCAUCAUGAGAUUUUUAAACUCUUAUAACAUCUGACUCUUAUAAAAAGCAAAAUGUUUAAAAAGUUAUCUGAUGAAGAUGAUGAAGUUUUAUCUCUGAAGCAGUGAAUAUUUUGAAGGUACACAUUCAAGAAAGUCACCAGAAGAUAUGGACGUGUUGAAAUAUUGAAAUAUAAUAUGGCAGUCAUGUCUCAGGAGAAUAGAUGUUAAUAUUAAUGCUGAUACUGAGAUGUACAAAAUGUAUUUAUUUUAAUUAUGUAAAUGGCAGGAAGAAUGUCAACAAAAAAACUGCUCUGAAGAUUUGCAAACUUUUUUAUUUACAUCUCUAAUGCCACAUUUUAGUGCAGGACAUGCAGCCCCUAUAAAAGUGUAAAAUUAGUCCUCAGCUGUGAGUUUCACCACAGCCUUUCUCUUUGGAUGAUGCUGGAUGUUUUCCAUGGCAACAGUGGCUUCGUACAGUGGUAAUGCCUCUUCUGGCUGCGGUCUGGAAAGAAAUGACAGAAAUAGACUGUGAGCUGUAGUCUAAUCUGGACCAAUUUUUGUCUUGCUGAAUUGGCCGAAAUUAUCAGAGAGAGCAUGUUUUUUAGUGCAAAUUUAAGUAUUUCUACCACUAUUACCUCAAUAACAUCUAAUGGCAAAGUUUUAUAAAGAUGUGGUGUAAAUGUUAUUUUAAAAUUAUGACACUGUAUUUGAUCCAUAUUUUAAAUUGAAAAGAGUAUGUUUUAGCAGUAUUUGGUCAAAUAACACAAUAAACUUCUACAAUACGCACAACUGUAAACUACAGCUGUGAUUCUGCAACAUAAAAUAAUUAGCACAUCUA